CAAUUGUAAACAGUUUAAACCAUUCGAGCAAACAAUCGACACGCGUUAUUAUACCUAUAAGAAAUGACAUUAUUACUCGUUCCGUUGAUUCUUUUAAAAGAUCGCGAGACAUGUUAAAUUAUUAAAACAUGGCGCCAUUAACGAAGGAAAAUAAUUUAUUAAAUGAAGCACAUCACUACGGUUAUAAAAAGAAUUUCCGCACAGCUCUGCCACAGUUACUUGCAGUUAGCGUAAAGAACCUUUUACUUCUAGGGUAUGGAAUGACACUCGGCUUUCCGACUAUUCUUAUUCCUGCUGUAAAAGAACCGGUCAAAGGAGAAAAUCUGCAUCUAGAAAGUUCGGAAAUAUCAUGGAUAAGUUCAAUCAAUUUAAUAGUAGUUCCGGUGGGUUGCGCGUUGUCCGGCAUAGUGACAUCACCGUUGGGCCGUCGUCGCGCCAUGCAGAUGGUGAACGUACCCUUUUUCAUUGCAUGGUUGAUAUUCCACUUUUCAACCAACACUGGUCAUCUCUAUGGAGCUCUUUUCCUAACAGGACUAGCGGGUGGGCUUCUUGAGGCACCAGUGCUGACGUAUGUCGCUGAGAUCACACAGCCGCAUCUCCGAGGUGCACUGACUGCUACAAGCACCUUGUGCAUUACUAUUGGAGUUUUCACACAGUUCCUAUUCGGUCUACUCUUCUACUGGCGAACGGUAGCACUCAUCAACAUCAUAUUUACGAUCUUAGCAGUUAUCGCAUUGUGUUUUGUACCAGAAUCACCUCACUGGCUUGUAUCUAGAAAAAGACACAAUGAAGCAAUGGAGAGCUUACAGUGGCUUCGAGGUUGGACCAGUAAGGAAGUUGUCGAAGAUGAAUUGAAGGAUAUACAAGCUUUGUACAAAAGAAAAGAAGCGGGAACCAAGGAUCAGGAGGAAACAUUGAAGGAAAAAAUUAUGUUGUACCUCGAUAAAACAUUUUUGGUGCCUUAUUUUCUUGUCUCAUUUAGCUUCUUUGUGGGACAUUUUAGUGGAAUGACAACCUUACAGACAUACGCAGUGACGAUAUUUCAGAUGUUAGAGGCGCCAAUCGACAAAUAUUACGCUACCCUCAUCCUAGGCAUCCUACAAAUCCUUGGUUCUAUUACCUGUGUGAUGCUGGUUCAUUAUACAGGAAAGAGACCUCUGACAUUUUUCUCUACUGCAACCGCUGGAAUAUGUUGCCUUCUAGUUGCUGUUUACGAGGGUUUUAUUAAAAGUAACUUGGUAUUAAACAUUACCACGACUUUCGAUGACUUUAACAAUACCACGUUAAUUGAUGUCGUUAAUAACGAUUUGAAUAAUCCAUAUUCUUGGAUUCCUACUGCGUUACUUUUGAUAGUAGCUUUCGUUACUUCUGCUGGAAUACGACUUCUUCCUUGGAUUUUAAUUGGAGAGGUAUUUAGUACAAAAACAAGAUCGGGAGCUGCGGGUUUGGCCAGUGCUAUUGGAUACAUCUUCGGUUUUUUAACUAACAAAAUAUACAUCAGUAUGUUAGAAAAACUGUCAAUUUUGGGAACAUAUACCCUUUACGGAUUUAUUUGUUUGAUCGGUUGCUUAGUGUUCUACUUCAUUUUGCCAGAGACAGAAGGAAAGGCAUUAAUAGAUAUCGAAAAUCAUUUUGCUGGUGUUAAAAGAUUGACAAAUGAAGUGUACAAGACAAAGAAAAAACAAAAUGUGGAAGCUUCAAAGAUGCGAGAUUUGAAAGGAACGUCGAAUCCAACAUUUGAAGGAGACAAUGCGAUUUAGUAAUCAAUAAGCUUUAUUUAUAUAAUUAAUAAGUACCUUACAUAUAUUUAUUUUUAAGCCACUUAGUUAAUAUUAUUUUAUCAGUGACUAUUACUGCUCUGAAUGAAAGCUUUCCUCACAGUAGCACAAUAUUCAGUAGGUACCUGCCUUUCAAUCUAAAGUAUAUAUUGGAGAAAGCGCAUGUGUUCCUGACUAAUGAAGAUAAAAUAUUCACAAUUUAAUAAGAAACAUUUCGUAUUGUUUUUGUUUUAGUUUACUAUUGUGUUUUAAAAUAUUUUUAACACAUUUUAACCAUCAUACAAUUUGAAAUGAUUGUUCGUAGACAUACAUAUAACAAGUUUAAAAUAUAACAAAAAGACAUGAAAGAAAAAAAAAGAAUAUAACUGACCAUAUGAUACUGUGUGGCUAUUUACUGCAACUUCAGAGCGGCUAAACGAAUAUUAACACCAUUGUACAAUUUGAAGUGAUUGUUCAUAGAAACACAUAACAAGUGUAAAAUAUAACUCCAAGACAUGAAAGGAAAAAAUUAUAUAUUUGAUUAUAAAAUGCUAUGUGGCUACUUGGAGCAACUUCAGAGUGGCUAUGUUAAUAUUUAUGUUUUGUUGAAUAGGAAAGGAAAAUAAGUAAGGCCUUCUGGCCUUUGUUGAUGCACUAAGCAUGAACUAAAUUGUUUUUUUUUUUUUUAAACCCAAUAAGGCCAUAGUCAAUGAAUAAAUAAAACAGGCAAUCUUCGGAAGUCCUAAAGAAAAGCUUCCAUUUAAUAUCAAUGUUACAUUACUUAUGUGCAAUACAGUACAAAGGUGAGAAGAAAUAUGCAAUUAAAACAUAUAUAAUGAAUGAUUUAUACAAAAUUACUUACUUCUAUGGAUAACAUAAAUACAAAUACAAUUGUUGCAAUAAAUGCAUAUUAUGUAUGUAUAUAUACAUAUAUGCUGUAGGCUAUAUGCAAUUAUUAUAAUCAGUUACAUGACAUAAUACUAUCUCAUAAUUGAAUAAUUUAAUAUAUGUAGAUGUGGUAUUGAUAUCACUCCAUCAAUCAUGGGUCUAUAUAAAUUGCUAAGUAACAUUGAUGUCUUUAUAAGCAAUAGCUAUAUAAAACAGCUUAAAAGUGUAUGUAUUCUUAUGUUUCCAUCUGUCAAUUUUCUUCUAUGUAACUUUUUCAAUUGUUCAUAAAGUAACUAACAGAUACUGAACUUUGUAGCAAUAGUGCUAUUCUUCUUAAAAGUUACUGUAACAGCAUUUCAUAAAAUAUAAACCACUAUGUUACGAAAGACAAUUCAAGUCUCAUUCUCACAUUGAGUCCAUUGAGCCUAUUUGUGAUUCAAGUGACAGAGUACCAUGAAAGCAAAUCAUGAAAUUUUAAACAAAAAUUUGUAUUGUUAACUAUUUUAAAAUAGAUACUUCACAGAGAAACCAAUAUUUUUCAAUGACAACAGUAAUCUGUGAUUAA